ACUAAUUCAGAUAUCUGUUGUCUCCACUAUGAAGGUAUUGAUCGUAGUUUGUUGUUGUUUGUCUCUGGCAGCAUAUGCGGAUGCAGCGGCGAAAUUCAAGCUUCCUUAUGCAAUAACAGUGGAAAAAGAGGCAAAGGACUUGGAGAACGUAUUGCGCAGCCUCAACCUAGAGAUAUCUAACCCAAAUGGCCGGGUUAGAGUUGCCAGGGACACCAGACAGAAGCGACAGAGCACCUCUGCCCAGCAGGAAUACCUGGACGCUCAUAAUGUAGCAAGAUCUAUUGUUGUACCGACCGCCGCUAAUAUGAAGAAAAUGAAAUGGAGCAAUGAGCUCGCUGAAGUAGCUCAGACUUAUGCAAACAAAUGUAUUUGGGGGCAUAACUCCGCAAGAACCACGGACACAUCGGCCCUGACGUCACAGUUCAGCUAUGUCGGCGAAAACCUUUACGUCACAUCAAGAAGUACUGUAGAUCCAAGUUCCGCAGUGGAGGCUUGGGAUAGUGAAAAGAACGACUACACGUACAGCUCCCAGACCUGUUAUGGGGUCUGUGGACAUUACACACAGGUGGCGUGGGCGGACUCUGAGUAUGUGGGGUGUGCCAGUCAGACGUGUCCUUCUAUAACGGGAUUGUCUUCAUUCAACGGUGGAACGAUUGUCGUCUGCAACUACGGAAAUGGUGGCAACUACAAUGGGGAGAAGCCAUAUGUAUCCGGAGCCUCGUGCAGUUCCUGCCCCGGGGGUUAUUCCUGUUCAGAUAACCUUUGUGUGGACGGAAGUGACAGUACAAGUUCCGGGUCUGGCACAUCUUCCGGAAGCGGAAGUGGAGACUCUUCGUCCACCAACACAGAGACCACUAACACUGGAUACGGGGAUGUUCCUGACGAGGACUGUUAUACCGGGGACGGGUCGACAUACCAGGGCUUUGUUAGUACUACCGUCAGUGGAAAGACCUGUCUAAAUUGGUCUGGAGUGUAUUCGUUUCUUCCCAGCAACAACUACUGCAGAAACUACUUUGCAAACUUUGGCUUCACAGAGCCCGUUUGUUACAUGGUGCCCGGGACUUACUACGUAGAGUCUUGUGGAGUUCCGAAAUGCGGAAAGAAAUAAUGAAUCGCAUUGUUGGUGGUUUAAUGGAUCUGUACAGACCUACGCCCCUUGGAUGUGACACUGGAUCAUUUUAUAUUCAUGAAUACUUGGCUCUCCUUGUCUUUCCUAAAGCUAAAUGUUUAAGAUAAAUAAUAACAGUUGUUUGUUAUAAAAAUAUGUUCUUGUUUUGUGAUUCAUUUUUCAAGUUUCUAAUAAAAACAAGCAUCUAUA